CAUUAGUGUACAGAGCAUUGUGGGUCACGGUGCUGGAGACGCCAUAUUAGUAAACCCUGGAGACAACCUUCAUCACCUCACACAACACCCGUUAAUAUGGCGACGAAAGUGGAUAUGAGUUUAGACGACAUCAUAAAGACACAGAAGAUCAAGCCAGGUAACAGGAGAGGAGGAGGAGGAGGAGGAGGUGUUGGUAGAGGUAUGAGAGGAAGAGGGAGAGGAGCAUUAAGACGUGGUGGCGGCGUCUCUACAGGACCAAACCGCGGGCGUCAGGGCCAGCGACCCAUCACCACCGGGAACAGACAACCAUUCGGACAAAGGGGCAAUGUAGAUGGUAGAUGGAGCCAUGACAUGUACCAGGGAGGAGGAGGAGGAGGUGGUGGAGGAGGAGGAGGGGUGCGUAUGCAGCAGAUGACUGGACCAGCAAAACUUUUGAUCUCAAAUUUGGACUUUGGUGUUUCCGAUUCUGAUAUUCACGAAUUAUUUGCUGAAUUUGGUACAAUGAGGAAUGCAGCAGUUCACUAUGAUCGCUCGGGAAGAUCGUUGGGUACUGCCCAUGUUGUUUUUGAGCGGCAAGCAGAUGCUCACAAAGCUCUUAAACAGUACAAUGGUGUUCAUCUCGAUGGUCGACCUAUGAACAUCACUUUGGAUGGUGCGUCUGUCGGGAUGAGAAAUACUGCACCUGUCAAGAGACUCUCACAAGGACCUCGACCUGUUUCUGGUUUUGGUGGUCGUGGAGGCGGCAGAGGUAUGCGUGGCAACACCAGAGGGGGCAGAGGGACCAGAGGCGGCGGCGGCCGCAUUGGUGGUCGUGGCAGAGGCUUUGGAGGGCGGGGAGGGCAAAGGACAAAGGUGCCCACCGCUGAAGAGUUGGAUGCUGAGCUUGACGCCUAUGUCAACCAGGUCAACAAGUGAGCAGAUCUUGUUGGGUCGUGACUGAAGGGCGAAUCGAUGGGCGCUUACUGGCAAAUCACGUAUUGACAGUGGACAGGGGUGUCCACACAACAUGUAACAUGUUACCUCUGAUAAUAAAUUAGGAAUCAUUUAAAAAAUUUUGGACAAUCUGUUCUAGACUUGUGUUGGCAUUAUUUGUCUAUUUUAUGAAGAUAACAUUUAUAUCUCGUGUAAUUACAAAUGUUCUUUGUUUACAAGAGCACAUUAGAUUUAAGUAGGUGUGAAAGUAUUGUAUGGUGAAUGAAUUUGAGUCAUCAGUUAGGUCAUUAAGUACAAUUGUCCAAUGCCAAAAGCACUUUGAAAUUACUUUUUUUUGUGAAUAAAAUUUGUGUAUUGGA